AUGCGUUGCAGUGCGACACAUGUAGCAGAUGGCAACACAGGACAUGUGAUACUGGUUGAUCAGGAGUUCCUUGGAUGUCCAGAUUUCGUCAUCGGUGACGUGAGUGCGGAUGGCCAGCGACACCUGAUGUUCGCCACUCAGACCCAGUUGAGCCUUCUCAGACAGGCUCGCCGAUGGGAGGUUACAAAGUAUAUGGAUGGGACCUUUAAGAUCAGAAAGGAGCCAUUCACUCAACUAUGGAGCAUACAUGCAUUCCUUCAGAAAGACGAGUGUUUGAAGCAGGUGCCGCUAGUGUUCGUGUUGAUGUCUCGACAACGAGCACAGGACUACGUUGCUGUUCUUCGUCGACUCCUGGAGGUCCUCGGGGAUCCGGCAGUGGAGGGAGCAGUGAUGGACUUUGAGUCCGCCUGUUGGAACGCCGUCAGAACCGUCCUUCCAGGAGUGGAUCUUCGGGGCUGUUCUUUCCACUCGUGCCAGGCUGUGAUGAGGAAGGUGGCGAAUCUCGGACUCAGGACAACCUAUAUGAAACGUGAAGGUGUUCAUUGCUUCAUCAGGAAACUCCUGGCACUUCCCUUCCUGCCUGCCACCUAGAUCGAGCCAGCCUUUGCUCGGAUGAUG